AUGGCUUCUGAUGCUCUCAGAACGAAGCCUCUGAAGAACCAGACAGACCAGAACUUAACUGGAAAGAAAACUAAAGGUCUUCAUUGUAUUUCUUCUCCGUGCUGGUGCCCUGUUGUCAUAGCUCUGGGCAUCUUCGGCCUGGGAUUAUUGGUGAUGGUCCUAACGCUGAACAGCCAAAUAUUACAGAUAUCUGACCUCCUAAGAAAACAGCAAGCAAAUUUUACUUACAAGGAAAAUAUGCUGGAAGGACAGCUCUUAGCCUGCCAGGGGGCACAAAAAGAAGCUCAGAAUUCACAGAGGGAACUCGGAGAGAAGAUAGAUACACUUUGCCAGAAACUGGAAGAGGAAUAUAAAGAGAAAAAGGUACUUCACCAGCAGAACCUGGAUCUCCAAGAAGCUCUAGCGAGAAAGGAAAACUAUUCAGGUCCUUGUCCCCAGGACUGGAUCUGGCAUGGAGAAAGCUGCUACUUAAUUUCCUUUGAACCAUCUAAUUGGGAAUCAAGCAGAAAGAACUGCUCAUCUUUGGGAGCCCAGUUGCUGAAAAUUAAUAGCAUGAAUGACCUGGUUUUCAUCAAGCAAACCACUUAUCAGUCUAAUGUUGCAUUCUGGAUGGGACUGUCUCUGACGAAGCCCGCAUAUUCAUGGAUCUGGGAGGAUGGGUCCCCUUUGAGGCCCCACUUGUUUAAACUUCAACGGAAUUACGCUCACAUGUAUCCCUCGGGUACUUGCGCAUACAUACAAUUUGGGGAAUUUUUUGCUGACAACUGCGCUUUAGUUGUAGGCCAUGUAUGUCAGAAGGCAGCAUAUCUGUUGUAAACAAAAUGAAUUUGAAGAAGUUGGAAGGAAAGAGGAAGAUCUUUGAAUAUUUCCCGGAAUUUAAGCUAUUUUUUGUCUUGUGGGAGUAAACCAUUGCAGCUUUGAGAACCGACAGUUACACACUGGCUUCAGAACUCCUCUGCAGAUCCCCAAAUGGGGCCCAUUUCAGGCUCAGCCAGUGACUCCGGCUGUGGGACACCAUAAGUCAGAAGUUGUGAUUCUGUUUAUCUACCCGCAUGUUUUUGAAGAAGCCUGUCCCAAGCCUCCCUGCCAACCUUCGGGUCUUUCUUCCCUUUUCUAUUUUAAAAAAAUUGACUCCUCACCAAGCUUGGGAAGCUACCACGCUCAUUCUUCUCUGCCUCAGUACCGACUUCUACAGUUCCAGAGAGGACAGAGCAAUGUGCCCAACUACACAAGGAAGCCAGUGAAGGGGAAGUGUGCCCCAGAGCAGGAACUUGAAGGAAAAGAAUAAGGAAAAGGCUACUCUGUAAAGAAGAACCACACAUUCUCCACGUAAAAGACACCAGCUGUUGGCUUUUUAAUAGUGGCCUGUCUCUAAACUCUAACACUGACGCCCCUUCCCCCUGCACAUAUAUUUUGCAAUGAUUGUGGUGGCCCAGGAAGUGAAGAGAAACUUCAUGGACUCUUCUGUGAACUGAGCCUACAAUUCAUUACCCAUCUCUGAAGCUGUUAUUAUUAUUAUUAUUUUUAUCUUUUCGUUGCUAACUAGCAGCCUAAUACAGUAUUUGUGAGAGUGACAAAAUGUGUCACAGAGGCAAAAAUAGAAUUUUUCUCUUAAAGUAAAAACUAUCUGUAGACACUCCUCUCAAGUCUAUCAUGUUAUGCUAUAAUUCAGAAAUAUACAAGGCCAAAUAUAGACACUCAAUUUAAGAACAAGCUGAGCCGCUGAGCCACUAAGCGGGGCAUACCAGUA